AAGGGAGGCAGCGAGAAAGGCGGGAGUCAACCCCGGGGGCGCGUGCAAAGUCUUGUCAGCUUGUGCGGGCGGGAGGAGAGGGGCGUGCGCGCUGCUGGAAGCAGACGAGAGGCAACUCGGAGGGGGGGGGGGGACACCACCACCAAAGGAGGGGAGGAAAAAAGCCUCGACGGUGACAGCAGCAGCAGCAGCAGCAGCGCAGGGCUUCCUUUUUCUUCGCUCCCCCCCCCCCCUUCUCAGCCGGCGACGAGCCAAGCCCGAGCUUCGCGGGCAGUGAAGGGACUUCUUCCUCCUUCUCGUCAACAACAAGGAACGGCCAGGCUCUUUCGACCCCGCCGCGCUGAGGCGACAUGGCGCUCUGGUGAAGCGGGACUCCCUCUUGCUCGCCUCGGGUCUCUCUCCCUCAGAACUGCCGGCUCCUCGUCUUCCCCUCGCAGCGAGGCGACGUUGCCGCCAGGAAUCCCGCUCGUCGGCCCGAGCUCUCAGAAUGGCAGAUGACAGUGCAUAUCUCUUGGGAGUGCCGGACCCUCAGGUGUAUGGAAUGGACCACAACUUUGGGAUGAAUCAGCUGAUCAAUAGUCCAAGCAUGAUUACAUCUGAUCUUCACCUGCACACAGGUGAUGGGCCAUACCUUCAAAUCGUUGAACAACCUAAGCAGAGGGGUUUUCGCUUCCGAUACGUUUGUGAAGGACCAUCACACGGUGGGCUUCCAGGAGCUUCUAGCGAGAAGAACAAAAAAUCAUAUCCACAAGUUAAAAUUUGCAAUUAUGCUGGGCCUGCAAAAGUCAUUGUGCAGUUAGUCACAAAUGGAAAGCAUGCUCACCUGCAUGCUCACAGCUUGGUGGGGAAGCACUGUGAAAAUGGAGUAUGCACUGUUAACGCAGGACCAAAAGACAUGGUUGUAGGAUUUCCAAACCUGGGGAUACUGCACGUUACAAAGAAGAGAGUCUUAGACACACUGGAAGCACGUAUGAUUGAUUCCUGUAAAAAAGGGUAUAACCCAGGACUCCUAGUACAUCCUGAUCUCAGCUAUAUACAAGUGGAAGGUGGAGGGGAGAGACCGCUAACAGAGAGAGAAAGAGAAAUCAUUCAUCAGUCAGCUCUUCAACAGACAAAGGAAAUGGACCUCAGCGUAGUACGGCUCAUGUUUACAGCGUUCCUUCCUGACAGCACUGGCAGCUUUACAAGAAGACUUCCACCCGUCUUGUCCGAUCCUAUAUAUGAUAGCAAAGCCCCCAAUGCAUCUAACUUAAAAAUUGUACGAAUGGAUCGGACAGCAGGCUGUGUGACAGGAGGAGAAGAGAUUUACCUUCUUUGUGACAAGGUUCAGAAAGAUGAUAUUCAGAUCCGUUUUUAUGAAGAAGAUGAAAAUGGUGGUGUCUGGGAAGGGUUUGGAGACUUUUCGCCUACUGAUGUGCACAGACAGUUUGCCAUAGUAUUCAAAACCCCGAAGUACCGAGAUGUCAAUAUCACGAAACCUGCAUCUGUUUUUGUCCAGUUACGACGAAAAUCGGAUCUAGAGACGAGUGAACCAAAGCCUUUUUUAUACUAUCCUGAAAUCAAAGAUAAAGAAGAAGUCCAAAGAAAACGACAGAAGCUCAUGCCUAACUUCUCAGAUGGUUACGGCGGAAGCGGUGCCGGUGCGGGAGGUGGUGGAAUGUAUGGAGGAGGAGGAGGAGGUGGAGGUGUUGGAGGUGGUGCCGGAUCAGGGUAUGGAUACCCAUCCUAUGGGUUUUCUGGUUAUGGGCAUUCAAUGCACUUCCAUUCCAGCACAAACAAGACUGGUGCAGGAAUGAAGCAUGGACUGUCAGGUGGCAUGCCAAAAAACGAUGGUGAAAUGUGCUGCAACAAAAAACGCAGUGUGAAAUUCAAGGAAAAAGUGGAGGAGGAUGAGAAAAGCAAAACCAGAACUAGCACAACUCCCAAAGAAGUUGAAGAAGAUGCCUUACCAUGUUAUGAUGCAGACAUUUGUUUACAAGAUGGUUUGUUUUUGGAGAAGGCCAUGGAGUUAGCUAAGCGUCAUGCAAAUGCCCUUUUUGACUAUGCAGUAACUGGAGAUGUGAAGAUGCUACUGGCUGUUCAGCGCCACCUUACAGCUGCCCAGGAUGAAAAUGGUGACAACGUACUUCACUUAGCAAUUAUUCAUCUUCAUAAGGAGCUGGUGAGGAACCUCCUAGAAGUGGUAGCAGAUCUGAAUGCUGAUGAUGUCCUCAAUGUGAGAAACGACCUUUACCAGACUCCCUUGCACUUGGCUGUUAUCACAAAGCAGGCAGGAGUGGUGAAGGACUUGCUUAGAGCUGGGGCAGAUGUGAGCCUCUUGGAUCGCUAUGGCAAUUCGGUCUUGCAUCUAGCAGCCAAGCAAGGAGACGAGAAGGUGUUGAGUAUGCUGCUUAGCCACAAAGAGACCUCGCUGAUGAGAGACCUUCCUAAUGGGGAAGGGCUGGCUGUUAUUCACCUAGCCGUGAUGGCAAAUAGUGUGUCUUGUCUCCGGCUGCUCAUUGCUGCUGGUGCUGAUGUCAACGCCCAAGAGCAGAAAUCUGGCAGAACUGCCUUGCACCUGGCUGUCGAACAAGGAAACAUAUCCUUGGCAGGUUGUCUUCUGCUUGAGAGUGAUGCAUUUGUCGACAGCACUACGUAUGAUGGAACGACUCCACUUCACAUAGCAGCUGGAAGGGGGUCUAUGAAAAUGACAGCUCUUCUCAAAGCGGCAGGCGCAGACCCCCACAUUGAGAACUUUGAACCAUUGUUUGAACAAGAUGAUGUGAAAGACAAAGAUGGUGAAGAUGAAGGGGUCAUACCUGGAACAACACCUUUGGACAUGGCAACCAGCUGGGAGGUGUACGAUAUCUUGAAUGGUAAACCCUCCAAAUCAAAGGUAGCUUCCGAAGAUCUAUUGAUACAAGGAAACAUGAAAGAGCUGAAGGAGGAUGUCAAGUUACAGCUUUACAAGUUACUUGAAGUGCCUGAUCUGAAUAAAAACUGGUCCAUGCUGGCGCAAAAGCUUGGCCUAGGGAUACUUAACAAUGCCUUCCGGUUGAGCCCCUCUCCGUCAAAAACCCUGCUUGAUAAUUAUGAGGUUUCCGGUGGCACUGUAAGGGAGCUUGUUGAUGCCUUGAUAGAAAUGGAUUGUACAGAGGCUGCAGAAAUAAUUCAGAACUCAUUAUCCAUCUCAUCGAGCCAGUCCAGCAAAGAGCAGGCAAAGGAUGCAAGACCUCCAUUAUGCGAAUCCCCUCCCCCUCCCAUGAUAGCACAAACAGGUGAUCUCAAAUUCCAGGACGCUGAAAGUAUUUGUGACAGCGGCGUAGAGAUUUCCCUCCGCAAACUCAGCUUCACAUAUUCGGAGUCUUUCACCAGCAAGUCACCAGUAACACUUAAGAAACUAACCACAGGCUACGGCCAGGACAACUUGCCGCAAGGCAAAAUUGAAGCCACUUAG